AUGCCUCAAUUUUUUGAUCUGACGAAGAAGAGGAACAAUGUAAUCAAUGUUAACCAUGAUAAUGAUGAUGAUGAUGAUGACUAUUUAUUUCGACUUAAUAUUGAUAAGCGUUCAUUACGACCAUCUUAUACAAGAUUUAUGCGUCGAAAACUACAACAAGAAUUAACUAAUGAUCCCAAUUUAUGUGUCAUUUGUUGUAAUGAUAAAAAAAAUAUUGUUUUGUUACCUUGUAGACAUUUAUGUGUAUGUCUCACUUGUAGUAAAAAAUUGUGGAAUAAUACUUCGAAACAAGCCUGUCCGAUGUGUAGAAAUCAGAUCGAUAGUUUACUAGAAGUCUUUGUAUAA